AUGAUACGUCCGAAGUGUUCGUCGGCACAGCGUGUGAGCAGCCGAGGCGUCCAGUUGAGUCUGUCUGAAAGGCUGCUCCUCUGCACCGCCAACAUGCCAGUUCUGGACCAAGAGCCCUCCAAAGGUUCAGGAAGCAGAGAUGGUCUUCCUAAGCUGCCGCUCCCCGCUCUGAAAGACACACUGGACAUGUACCUGAGGUGUAUGAAGCACCUGCUCACCGAGGAACAGUUCAACAAGACCCAACAUGUGGUGGAGCAGUUUAGAGCCCCUGGAGGAGUGGGGGAGCUACUACAGAGCAAACUCAUGGAGAAGAGGGACAACAAGGCAAACUGGGUGUACGACUACUGGCUGAAUGACAUGUACCUGAACAACAGACUGGCUCUGCCCGUUAACUCCAGUCCUGUGAUGGUCUUCCCCCAGCAGCACUUCAAGGCUCCCAUUGACUCCUUAAGGUUUGCUGCUCACUUAAUUUCUGGGGUUUUGGAGUACAAGACUCUACUUGAUUCACGUUCCCUACCUGUGGACUGUGCUCGGGGCCAGCUGGCUGGAACUCCUCUUUGCAUGGAGCAGUACUAUCGCCUAUUCACUUCCUAUCGCCUACCGGGGCCUGAGAGGGACACUUUGGUGGCCCAGGAGAGUAGCGUGAUGCCAGAGCCUGAACACAUCAUCGUGGCUUGUAAAAACCAGUUCUUUGUGCUGGAUGUGGUGAUCAACUUCCGCCGACUGAAUGAAAGAGACCUGCUGACUCAUCUGGAGAAGAUCGCCAGGAUGGCCGACAGCGAAGAGGAGCGGCUCCCACCUAUUGGUCUCCUCACUUCAGAUGGACGGACAGAGUGGGCGGAGUCUCGCAGUGUGCUAAUGAGAGAGUCUACUAACAGGGACUCUCUGGACAUGAUAGAGCGUUGUCUGUGUCUGGUCUGUCUGGAUGACGCCAGUGGGCUGGAGCUAAAUGACACAACACAAGCCAUGUUGAUGCUGCACGGCGGAGGAGUGGCCAAGAAUGGGGGCAACCGCUGGUACGACAAGCCAAUGCAGUUUGUUGUAGGAGCUGACGGCUGCUGCGGAGUCGUGUGUGAACACUCAGCAUUUGAAGGAAUUGUUCUUGUGCAGUGCACAGAAUAUCUGCUCAAAUACAUGAUUGGCAGCCCAUCAAAGCUGGUCAGGGCUGCAAGUGUGAGCGAGCUGCCUGCACCACGCAGGCUCCGCUGGAAAUGUCCUCCAGAGAUUCACAAACUACUCGCCUCUGCUGCUGACAAACUACAGAGACAGGUGAAAAAUCUUGACAUGAACGUCCACAAAUUCUACGAUUACGGGAAAGAGUUCAUCAAGAAGCAGAAAAUGAGUCCCGAUGCUUACAUCCAGGUUGCUCUUCAGUUAGCAUACUACCGAUGUCACGGCAGACCGGUGUCAACCUAUGAGAGUGCUUCUAUACGGCGUUUUCAGAGGGGCAGGGUCGACAACAUCCGCUCAGCAACACCAGAAGCUCUGGCUUUUGUCAAAGCAAUGACUGAUGGGAAACCGAGCACCAACGAUACAGAGAAGAUGGAGAUGUUACAAAGUGCCAUAACCGCGCAAACAAAGUAUACUAUUCUGGCUAUUACAGGGAUGGCAAUAGACAAUCACUUACUAGGACUACGUGGAAUUGCACAUGAACUGAAGAUGGAGAAGCCAGAAAUAUUCAAAGACGAAGCCCAUCUCAUCAGUAAUCAGUUCAUUCUCUCUACAAGUCAGGUUCCUACUACUGUUGAGAUGUUCUGCAGCUACGGGCCGGUGGUUCCAAACGGAUAUGGAGCGUGCUACAACCCCCAGUCAGACCACAUCAUCUUCUCUGUGUCCAGUUUCCACGAGAGCUCGCAGACAUGUUCAACAGAAUUUGUCAAUAGUCUGGUGCAGGGACUUCAGGACAUGAGGGAUCUGUGUAAUAAAUGUAAGUUCAGCUCCGAUCCAAAGCAGCCAAGGCAGAGUCAGACACUGGAGACGCACACGCAAACAGACCCAAACUGGCAAAACAAAACACCUCAGAGACCAACUGAUAUGACCAAGAAUCAGCAAACACUGCCGCAGGUUCUGCUGAAGACACCGGACCAGACUAAAGUGGAGGCUCAAACCCAGACCUCAUUACAGGAAGAGGCACAAGCUUUGAAGAACGGAGGAAAAUCAUAG